UAUGCGCGUGCACGCGCGCGAUCGUCCUUCCCAACUCCCGCCCCUCAAUGUCACUGCUUUAAUGGCCACGUCUCAAAUCCACUUGGUACACUUCGCACACACACACACACACACGCGCACACGCGCACACGCACGCUCACCAAACGAACUCGGGGAGGAGAGAGACCUGGUAUCUCGCGCGCACCGUUCUCCGUUCUAGCGGCUGCGAUGCUGCAUUUACGUAUCCCCGCCCCCGCUGCGUUGGCGCUGGUGCUCCUUCAGGUUGUUGUCGUGGUGCUGUUUAUCGGCUGGCAGGGCCACAUAACCCCGCCCUCGCCGGACUCCACCACUGUACCUGGGGAUAAAAAAGUGCACGUGCUGCUUCUAUCGUCAUGGCGAUCGGGCUCGUCGUUCAUGGGCCAGGUGUUCAACCAGCACCCGUCCGUGUUUUACCUGAUGGAGCCGGGGUGGCACGUGUGGGGGUGGAUUCAGCACCCGGGCGCACGCAGCCUGCGCAUGGCAGUGAGGGACCUGAUGCACCGUAUCUUCCUGUGCGACCUCAGCGUAUUGGAUGCCUACCUGCCCAUCCAACACAACGUCUCGAAUCUGUUCAUGUGGAGCCACAGCCGGGCGCUGUGUUCCCCGCCGGCAUGUCCCUCCCAUUCCCUUCAGCAAGACAGCAAGACAGUGCAGCAAGACAGUUGUGAGAAGCAGUGCGACAUGGUGGGGUUGAAGCGGGCGGAGGAGGCGUGUCACACCUACAGCCACGUGGUGCUGAAGGAGGUACGUUUCUUUGAGCUGGAGUCUCUGUACCCGCUGCUGCGUGACCCGUCGCUCGACCUACGCAUCCUGCACCUGGUGCGUGACCCGCGGGCCGUGUUCCGCUCCCGCGAGCAAGCUGUCAAGGCUUUACAGAAAGACACCUCCAUCGUCCUGGACGGGAAAGCGGAGAGACCUGACACACAGCAGCGCAUCAUGCAGGAAAUCUGCAGGAGCCACAUUCGGAUCUACGACACCGCUGUCCGUAAAGCGCCCGACUUCCUGCGAGGACGCUACAAACUCGUGCGCUACGAGGACGUGGUGCGCAACCCGCUGGCAGAAAUCCAGCGCAUAUACGACUUCGUGGGACUCGAGAUGACGGAGCCGCUGCAGGAAUGGAUCCAACACGUCACACACGGCAAGGGCAAGGGGGCACGCAAUGAGGCGUUCAAGAUCACCGAGCGCAACGCCUCUGAAGUCUCGCAGGCCUGGAGGACAACUUUAAAGUACAGUAAAGUCCAACAGGUCCAGGAGGUCUGCAAGAGCGCCAUGUCUCUGCUGGGCUACCGUCUGGUCAACAGCGAGGAAGAGCAGAAGCAACUCGAACUGGACCUCACGCGCCUGGAGAAGUACAACUUCACGUGGAAUAACGAGAACUGAGGGAUGUUUUAGAGAAUCAGACUGUUUCAGCGGCUCAUUAUUACUUAUUUAUUACACUCGGUGGGAAAUACUGGCUAAAUCAUACUUUACCACAACAAAAAAACCAAGGACGCGUCGAAUGAUAUUUUUAUUUCAUACGUAAAGAUAGACGCUAGGGUCGGUCGGCGUGGCGAAAAGUUCUCUCAGAAAAUUGGAUUAUACGAUGGAGGUCUCUCAGAUCUGUGAGUGUUAGCACGAUGAGCAUGUAGCUUCUGAACACAGCUGUAUUUUUAUCCAGGAUCAGCUGGUUAAAGGUGUGUCGUGGGUUCCGUCACGUUCUAGUAGACUCUUAGACACAUUAAAGGAACGUUUCCACAUGCAGACUUAGCACACCAUGCUAAACUGGAGGCUAUACACGGCCAUGAAUUGUUAGCCACGUUAGCCAGAACCCGAGGAAGACUCAUCUUUUGGGGUAAAAUGACAACGAGCCUCAUUUAGCAAGAUUUAUGUGUAAAUCGUUUAUGAAAAACUUUCGUCUCCUACUCCUUUGUGUGUGUGUGUGUGUGUGUGUGUGUGUGUGUGUGUGUGUGUGUGUGUGUGUGUACAUUUACACGUAAGAAGACUAAUGUAAACCUCGAUUGAUCGGCUUCAAAUGUUAUGAUUCGCGAUGAGGGUUAAGUUUAAGUUUGAUUGAAAGCUAUAUGCAUCUAUACACUAUACACUAUACGCUAUACACUGGCCUCCAACAGUCUUGGACUCUUUCAAUUUCAAGGUUUUCAUUACGAACGGUGAAAUCAGCAACAACAUCAGAGAACACGUGAAGAGUUUCUUAGUAUUCGGUUCAUCCCCUUUUUUGUGCUUUGAUGACAGUGUGCGCUCGGGCUGCACGGACUCCACACGUUCCCGCAAAACCUUAGGAUCCAUUUUACAUCAAAUAUGCUGCUAAAUAAUACAAUCGUAUUCUCGUAAACGUGAGCCAAACGUACGUCAACUUCUGCCUCAGAGAAAUUCUUCCUCUUUGGCCGUUUAGUCACCGUUUUGUACUUCCGCUCUGUGAGCUCGCUUUGUUUGACAUGCACGCUCGUUAAUGUACAGGUGAUUGCCAUUCAUCAACAUAUACAAACACAUGCACGCACACACACACACACACACACACACACACACAAAGAAAACCAGCACUUACUAAACUUUUGUAAAUCUGGUGUCAUUUUUGUAGUUUCGUUUGAUUCACGCAAACAUUUACACACAGCUUUACUCAAAGAUUGCUAAAUGAGGCUCAUUUUGAGGAGAAUUUGUUUUUGGGUGAACUGGAAUGUUAAAUCACAUACACACACACACACACACACACACACACACAUACACACACACACACACACAGUAUAAAAAGUGUAAAAGUGCCGAGGCUCCAUGAAAGUGUUACAGAGAAUUACAAGUGAAUAAUGACGGCAUGUACAUCAGUGAGUGUGAGUGUGUGUGUGAGUGUGUGUGUGUCUGUGUGUGUGUGUGUGUAAAAGUACAAAAAUUAGUUUGUUGAAAUUUUAAAGUUUUAUCUUUCAGCACAAAAACAUGGUACCACUUAGAUAUUUUUGCUUUCGUUAUUCUACUACAGUCCUGUUUACAGCAUAACUAAAGUGUUAUAGCCACGCCCCUUUCCCCUUUUAUUAAAUGCAUUUUUAUGUCUCAA